AUGAAGCUGAUUGAGAUUUCGGUGCUUCUGUGCGCGCUCAACGUCGCUGCCUUGCCUCGAGAUAUGGAUAGACCGUUGGUGGAGCAGUGUUCCAACAAUCAGCUAUCCUGCUGCUCAAACCUGAAAAACACGGCCAAUGCUAAUAUAGACAACGUUGAUCAAACCAUGGAUAUCGGCAAUCCCGUCGCAGUGCUCGGUGCUGUGUCUGUUCUCGUUGGCAAUACUCUUAGCCAGGCCGUGGAGGCCCUUCCUAUUAGCAUUCUGUCUGGCUGUGCCCCCCUCAUAGCAGCUUCUAAAACAGGUGUCUAG